ACGAGUUUCUACUAAAAAGCGCCUUCGAACGGGGUGACGCAACUGCAGCUAAUUGCAGGGAAACAUCCUUCGAGAGCAGCCUAGCAGGGAAGACGAAUGCCGGCAAAGUUUCCUCUAAUGACUUCCAUUCAUCGAUAGCUCUCUAAUUUGCAAACCUGCCAUGGAUCGGCUCCUCAAGGCGGCGCGAUCUUCCGGUUCUCUCAAUCUUUCGAAUCGUGCUCUCAGUGAAGUGCCCGAUGAGGUUUACAGAAGUUUGGAUGCAGUCAGUGGCGAUGAAAAGUGGUGGGAGGUGGUGGAGCUACAGAAGCUUAUCCUAGCUCAUAAUGAUAUUGAAUUACUGAAAGAAGAUUUGAAAAACUUGCCUUCAUUAGUAGUACUGAAUGUCAGUCACAAUAAGCUCUCACAUCUCCCAGCAGCCAUUGGAGAGCUUCAUAUGCUGAAAUCCUUGGAUCUGUCAUUCAAUUCAAUACUGGAAAUCCCAGAUGAAAUAGGAUCUGUAUCUUCUCUGGUGAAGUUUGAUUGUUCCAACAACCAACUAUGUUCUCUCCCAAGUUCCCUGGGACAAUGUAUUAACUUAGCAGAACUUAAGGCAUCAAAUAAUAGCAUUUCCAGUCUGCCAGAGGAGCUAGCAAAUUGUUCAAAGUUAACGAAGUUUGAUGUGGAGGGAAACAAGCUAGAGUUGCUACCUGAUAAUAUCAUUGCAUCGUGCACCAUGCUCAUGGAAAUCAAUGCUUCUAGAAAUCUUCUGAGCACACUGCCAGAGAGUAUUGGAUGCCUUUCACGUCUGAUUAGGCUUUAUCUUCACCAAAACCGAAUUUCCUCCAUUCCAUCAUCAAUCAAAUCCUGCUCAUCUCUUCUUGAGUUUUAUAUAGGGAAUAAUGCACUGGUCACAUUGCCUCCAGAAAUUGGACUCUUGGAUAAGCUGGGGACUUUUGAUCUUCAGUCAAACAAGCUGAAAGAAUUCCCUGUGGAAGCUUGUCACUUGCGUCUUUCAGUUCUUGACCUAUCUAAUAAUUGUUUAUCGGGUUUGCCUGAUGAGAUUGGCUUGAUGACAACACUACGGAAACUUUUGCUUGCUGGAAAUCCAUUGCGAACACUUCGAAGUUCCCUGGUAUAUGGGCCCACACAGGCUCUAUUGAAGCAUCUCCGAAGUAGACUUCCAACAAAUGAAGAAUCUGCAGCAACCAUAACUACAAAAGAGGAUUCUGUCUCUUUGGCUGCUCGGUCAUCCCUUAGCUCAAAGGAACUUUCUUUGGCUGGGUUGGGUUUGAAUGCUACUCCAUCAGAGAUAUGGAAUUCAAGUGAUAUUAAGAAAGUUGAUCUCUCAGGGAAUUCAAUUGAAGAGCUUCCUUGUGAACUGAGUUCUUGUGUGUCCCUUGAGGCAUUGAUUUUGUCCAAAAACAAGAUAAAGGAGUGGCCAAGUGCAGUUUUAUCUUCCCUCCCUAAACUUAUUUGCUUGAAACUGGAUGGGAACCCACUUCGAAAGCUCCCAUCAGAUGCCUUUCGAGCUGCUUCCAAACUCCAGAUCUUGGAUCUAAGUGGUGCUGCAGGUUGUUUACCAGAAAGCCCAGAGUUUUCAAGCUUACCAGAGCUGCAGGAGUUGUACCUGAGACGGAUGCAAAUAUUAGCUUUUCCUUCAGAUAUAAUCGGCCUAAAAAAAUUACGUAUUCUUGACUUGAGUCAAAAUUCCAUUCAGUCAAUCCCAGAGAGCAUCACGGAUCUAUCCUCUCUUGCAGAGCUUAACUUGUCAGACAACAAUAUUUCGUCUCUUCCACCAAAAAUGGGUUUGCUAGAACCUAGUCUGCAGGUGCUAAAACUUGAUGGGAACCCAUUGCGAAGCAUCCGAAGGGCAAUUCUUGACCGAGGAACAAAAGGAAUCCUGAGGUAUUUGAAGGAGAAAAUUGUCGAGAAGUAGAAUGCUUGGAGUUUCUCUUCUCACCACUGAAGUUUUAUGUAUGAUUGAUUGACGGAAUUACAAGUAAGCGUCAUUUCUUGAAAUUCAUUUUCAUAUUUUGGUGUUGUGUUUCAUUAUUUGUAUUAUAGCAUUUCAUUAAGCUGGAUUAAAGAGCGAGAUCUUGCUUUGGGGUUGUGAGAUUAUUGAUCAUGAAAACAUAAGUUUAAAAACAGAAAACAACCAUUGUUGCUUCAUAUUUAUGUUAUGUUCGAAGAAAUGCAUACACCGGAUGGACCAUUGUAAAAAAUUUGAUUGAUGUAAUAGUACAAUUGCUCGAUUCUUGGGUAUAAUAUUACAGUUACUCUCU